CUAGAAAAGAAAAAUACGUAAGUGGCCAUGGCGGCCUUCCUCGCUCGAUGCUUGGACAGCACCAGAUCAGCGAGGAGCCUGGCGGAUGAAGUUCGCAUCGUGUUGACGAGGAACAAGCUUGGUCGGCGAGCAGUCCACCACAUCCUCACGGCUUCCGAAAGAAAAGUGAGUCUUCUAUCGGGUCUCCUCCUGGGGCCGAAACAAACUACUGAAUGUUUUCGAAGGCCUUCGAGAUUGCAAAGAGAAAUGCUCACCUGGUGCGCUCGGCUGGAGCUCGCAAGCAGCCCUUGGCCGACACUUACUACAAGUACUGCCAAGCACUCCAGUGGCCUUACAUUUUCAUCCAUCGGCAUUGGUGGGGAUAACCUGGUUGUCGUCGACUUGAGGACUUUGGGACUGUCCGACGGCCGCCUGGAACAACUAGUUACCUUGGUGGUCGCAACUCUGGGGCCUCUAAAUGACGAGUGCUGGCAUCAAACACUACAAACUGCAUCUGAGAUAUUUGUUGGCUUGCCUACAAAAGAACCGGAUGACAAGCCGUUAGAAUCUGGCAAUGAAGAUCAAGUCAUACCCAGUUUGAGGGGAAUGUUGCGCUUCCAGGGGACCUUUGGCGAGACGAAAAAUAUGUGCCGAGCAUCACUGGACAUCUGCCAUUCGUUUCUGGUAGACAAUGGCAUCGAACUCACAAAGCCAUGGUGGACAGUAGACUGAAAACCAAGAGAAAAGGAUGGCCGAGGGGGUAGCAACAAGUUUUAAGCAGGAAAAGAAGGUACAGCUCACGUUCUACCUAGUUAUCAGACCUUUCAUCCUGAUACGGGGCAAACAAAAUUGACGAGUUGUGUCCCCCAAAUCCAAAAGAGUUCGAGAGCGCAACUUUCACAUCAAAUCGUUGCUUUUGGCUUCCCACAA